AUGCUGCUCGCCCGCUCCCUGCGCGCCGCCACCGCCGCCGCGCUGCGCCCUGUGCCGCGCCCUGUGCCGCGCCGCCCGCUCAGCUCCGCGGUGCCCCGGGCGCUGCUGCCGCCGGCCGCCGCCGCGCCGGGCCUGGCGCGCUCGCUGUGGCAGCUGGGCGGCGGCGCGGCGCGGACGGCGCUGCUGCGGCCGCGGAGGGGCUCGGCCGGCCGCGUGUCCUGCGGCUGCGGCGGGCUGCACACCGAGGGAGACAAAGCCUUUGCGCAGUUCCUGACGGACGAGAUCCAGGAGGAGAAGAAGAUCCAGAAGCACAAAUCCCUGCCCAAGGUGUCCGGGGGGUGGGAGCUGGAGGUCCAUGGCACAGAGGCCAAGCUGGUGCGGAAGAUCGCGGGGGAAAAGAUAACUGUUACAUUCAACAUCAACAACAGCAUUCCACCCUCGGCUGAAGAAGACACCCAGGAGCAACAGAAACCUGAUGAGCAGGAGCCUGAACUUACAUCAACUCCAAACUUUGUUGUGGAAGUAAUAAAAGAUGAUACAAAACAGACCCUUGUGCUGGACUGCCAUUUCCCUGAAGAUGAGAUUGGACAUGAAGGAGAGGAAGAAAGUGAUAUCUUCACAAUUCGGGAGGUCAGCUUCCAGCCCACUGGAGAAGCCGACUGGAAGGACACCAACUACACCCUCAACACAGAUUCCCUUGACUGGGCUCUCUACGAUCACUUGAUGGAUUUCCUGGCUGACAGAGGAGUGGACAACACCUUUGCUGAUGAGUUAAUAGAGCUCAGCACUGCCCUGGAGCAUCAGGAGUACAUUAAAUUCCUUGAAGACCUUAAAAGCUUUGUCAAAUGUCAGUAGGUCAGGCUAGGAAACUUAUCCUCAAGUGUGGGUAUUCCACAGUGCUGCUUCAUCCAGCAAUACCCAAAUAUAUCUUCACAGUGGAUACAGAGAGUAAGUAACAUGGAAGGUGGAGAAUGGGAGAGCGAGGAUUCUCACUUGGAUUUGGGGAUUUGCAGUGAUGGUGCAGCCCCAGCCGCGUUCUCCCACGCUAGGGGCUGGAAUUGCCUUGCCCUGCAAGGGGUUUUUUUGUACAUUAAGAGUGAAUGUGAAGAAUAAAACUGUUCAACAUA